GUCGACUUAUUCGGGUUUUCCUUUUUCUCGGCGAUCGACAAAAUCUCUUAGGGUUGGAGUUGAUCUCUGUGGUUUUUCCGAUCCCUCCGCUCUCUGCCCUUUACGAUCGAUCGGGGGGCUUGCGGAGGUGUGAUUGCGAUGUAUAGCAAUUUCAAGGAGCAGGCGAUCGAGUAUGUGAAGCAGGCGGUGCUGGUGGACAAUGCGGAAAACUACGUCAAGGCUUUCCCUCUCUACAUGAACGCCCUCGAGUACUUCCGCACCACCUCAAGUACGAGAAGAACCCCAAGAUCAAGGAGGCCAUCACCCAGAAGUUCACCGAGUAUCUCCGCCGCGCUGAGGACGUCCGCGCCGUGCUCGACGGCGGCGGCACCGGACCCGCUUCCAACGGGGACGCGGCCGUGGUCACCAGGCCCAAGACGAAGCCAAAGAAUGGAGACGGCAACGGCGGCGAGGACCCCGAUCAGGCGAAGCCCAGGUCCGAGCUGGCUACUGCUAUCAUAACGGAGAAGCCCCAGCGUGAAGUAGAACGAUGUCGCCGGGCUGGAGAGCGCCAAGCAGGCCUUGCUGGACGCUGUGAUCUUGCCGGUCAAGUUCCCUCAAUUCUUCACCGGCAAACGAAGGCCAUGGAGGGCAUUUCUUUUGUCUGGUCCACCUGGAACUGGAAAGUCAUACCUGGCAAAGGCUGUUGCAACAGAGGCAGAAUCAACGUUUUUCAGUAUAUCUUCGUCAGAUCUAGUUUCAAAAUGGAUGGGUGAAAGUGAAAAGCUAGUUUCUAACCUUUUCCAAAUGGCUCGUGAAAAUGCUCCUUCAAUAAUUUUUAUAGAUGAAAUUGAUUCUUUUUGUGGCCAACGUGGAGAAGGCAAUGAAAUUGAAGCUUCUCGAAGAAUCAAGACAGAACUUCCUUGUGCAGAUGCAGGUAACUUUACAUAACAUUAGUUGCAUAUCUGAUCUGUGCCUUGUUUGUCAAGGUUAUGAAGCAAAUCAGUGCUUCAUAUGCAUGAUCAACUAAAUGUAAUUUUAUGAGAUAUAACUCUAUCGGUAUUGAUCUUACUUUUAUACAAAAAGGAACAACUGGAGUUGCUUGGUUGUUCAAGUGGUUUAUGAUAUGUGUUUUUCACGUCUCCUUACAAUCAAGGAUUUGAAUGCUGUUAACACCUGAUAGCGGCUUGCCAUUUGGACUGGUAUGGUAUAUUGAUACGGCUGGAAUUUAACUUGUAGGAUUCAGGACAUUGGGCCAGUUAAGUCUUUGAACUGGCAUGAGGCUAAAAUUUUGUUAGCCCCAAUUUGACUGAAAUUGUCCCCUUAGGGGCGUAUCCACGAUGGGUCUAACAGGUUUUAAAUCCUUGGUCAUAUUGUAUAUCACGUUCUUCCUCCGUGUAUAAUAUUUGUAAAUUAAUAAGAUUUCUUCUGGAUAAAAAUAUUUGCUGUUUCAUACGUAAAAUUUUGGCUUCGGAAUACAAAUUGAAUUGGAAAUUGUGUUGGAAAUAUUUGACUUCGGAACAAAAGUUAUGCUGUAUAUGAUUCUGUUUUUGCAGGGUGUAGGAAACAAUGAUCAGAAAGUCCUCAUUCUUGCCGCCACAAAUGCACCCUAUGCUCUGGCCUAGACACUUUUAUUAGUUUUUGCUGGUAGUUGCUUUUAAAGUUAUCGGAAUCAUCAAUUGCUAUUGCUUAUAAUUGUGAAGCACAGGCAAUCCUACAGCGUUUUGACAAGUGGAUUUAUAUUCCUCUUCCAGACCUAAAAGGCAGGCAACAUAUGUUCAAGGUUCAUCUAGGAGAUACCCCUCAUAACUUGAGCGAAAGUGAUUUUGUGAACUUAGCUUGCCGAACAGAAGGAUUUCCUGGCUAAGAUAUAUCUGUUUGUGUCAAAGAUGUAUUGUUUGAACCAGUCCGGAAAGUUCAAGAUGCCAUGCAUUUCCACAAUUCCGGUGACAGCUUGUGGUUGCCAUGUGGACUAAGACACCCAGGAGCUAUUCAGACCACAUUGCAGGAGCUUGCUGCUAAAGGUCUUGCUGCAAAGAAAUGCUAGCUGCUCUAACUCCGAUAUGAUGAGGCGGCAACAGAACGCACAGGUUGAUUAGGGAGACGCGACGGGAGACGGCCAAUGGCGGCGUCGCUCCGUGGGCUUCCGUCCAAACAACGACGGGCAUGGAUUCCUCGGCUUCCAUGUCACUCACCACGCCGAGAUUAGCUAUAAGGUGUCACGAACGGUGUUUCCCAAUCUCAAGACGAAGCGGAAGGAACGGCAACGACAAGAUGGACUCUUGUGCGAUUUGCGAUUCUUGAGGCAGCGCCCUUCUUUCUUUUUCUCACCCCUUGUGAUUUCGGGUUACUCUGGAGUCGAGCAAAUGGAGAUCAAGAAUCAAGGACAUCUCGAAAUCCAUCGACAUCGAAAUGGGUAUUAUUCCUCGAUGGGCUCCCUAAUCGUUGACAUCAGAUCGGGCGCUGUAGCUGAAGCUUGCUUGGAUCGCGCUCGGCCCUGGAUUUGAUACCGGGUCCCGUCGGUGGAUCCUACGGGCAUGCAAUCGGAAGCAAUUGCAGAUGAGGCGUCGAAAACGACGUCGAAGACAAGCGGAGAAUUAAAGGGGAAGUUCCGACAGAUUCCCAUCUUUCCGAUUUGUCGAUGCUUCUCCGUGGUCAUGGAUGCUUAUCCUCCAUCUCGUCUUGGCGCAUUUCCUCUCCCCACGGGGCGUGCGUGGGUGUCUUCCUCUCCGUUGAAUAGGGUGGCUGGGGUCCACGAGCGCCGAAUGUGGCGGCGGGAUUGGGCCGCCCUGCGAUAAGGGUCCCCGCCCCGAUUCGCCGUCGCACUCAUCCUACCUUCAUCUCUUUUGAGGGUCCUGCUGCCUACGUAAACCCCACCAUCCGUAGCACCGAAACCAGCCUCUGAGAACCAGAAGACCAUCAUUGAUACUGUGGCCGGCAAAAGUGGUCGGAUGAGUCGCUCGAUGCCGAAGUCCUAUUUUCUCCUCCUCCUCCUCCUCCUCCUCCUGCGGAUACUGUGACUGCUGCUCACCAGCGUUGAAUCCGGUAGCUUGUAUAGCCUUAAACAACUCAGAUGGAUCGAGGGACAUGGGUGGAGAAUUUAAAUACUGAUUGCCUGACCAUACUUGUUUAGACAGAUUUAUAAUGGCUUCAGUUCCUAUAUGUUCUCCACUGUCCUGUAAGGACCAGAUUCAAGUUGCUAAGAAAGUACUCAUGCAGAUUGGAAGAGACUCGGUCAACUCUUGUCUUUCAUGUCACAAGAUGUGCUUAUCGUCUUGUAGCGCCUGUCGAAUUGUAAAAAGGCAUACUGUAUAUCAUAUAGCAGAGAUACCUUUAAAAGGAAAGAGUGGGGAAAGAUCAAAUUCAUUUUGUGUGUUUAAUCUUUUCCCUUUGCCAUAUAGAAGUUCCAAAGAAGUGCCGACUCUCAAGUUUUACAGCAUGGGCAUCCGAGGGAAGUCUACUUCUGGAGGGGGACAUCAGAGGGACAAACAUGGCUCAAAUUCCUCCGGAACUCCAGCAGCUAGCAUUGAGAAGCAACUUAAGACACUGGAUGCUUAUUUUAGCAAGCUUCAGAAUGACAUGAACAAGCAGCUUAACUCUUGCACAUCUGCAAGUGAUUCUGAAACUCUUCACAGCAGAAGGCAGGAUAUGAUAAAUUCUUCCUCAGAAUCUAUCGGCAAAGUUACGGAAAACAUCGAUGCAACUGAUGAUUAUAAAGCAGAGACUGGUUUAAAUUCAUUGGAGAACUAUUUCAGCCAAUUAUCUGACACAAAAAAGAGCAGGUUGCCUGAUUCUCCUGCAGAUGCAUCAGAAGGAAAUCCUGUAAAAAUACCAAUCUCUGCCAUGAGAAAAAACAACGAAAAAGAAGAUGCGAUUGUGGAACAGUAUACAUUUAAGGAUGAAGGGAGUACGGAUGAUAGAACUGACUCACUUCUGUUUGGUAAAGUUAAUACACCAAGUAUAUCAACAGAUGAUGAAGCUUCUGGUCUUUAUCUAAUAAGCUUAUUAGCUGCAAUAAAUAUUGCUGUUUUCUUAUUUGAAAUAGCAAGUCCAGUUAGUUCAGAGGUAGAGCACUUGUCGCUUCCUCUGAUCUAUGGAGCAAAGAUAAACAAGUUGAUUCUUCUCGGGGAGUGGUGGAGACUAUUAACACCAAUGUUUCUGCACUCGGGAUUUCUGCAUGUUGCUCUUGGCUGCUGGGUUCUUCUUACAUUGGGAACCGAAGUUUGUAAAGGCUAUGGCCCAUUUGCCUUUUUCCUGAUUUACAUACUUGGAGGAAUUUGUGGCAAUUUGACAAGCUUUCUUCACACUCCUGAGUUAACUGUUUGUGGUACGGGUCCGGUGUUUGCCAUACUCGGAGCAUGGCUUGUCUACCAAAUCCAAAAUAAAGAUGUUACAUCAAAGGAGGUUUCACAAAGUAUGUUUUGGCAGGCGGUGGCCGCUACUGUUCUGAGCUUUGUUUUGAGCAGCUUUGGGAGAGUCGACAACUGGGCGCAUCUUAGUGCUGCCGUCUCUGGUGUUAUCUUCGGGUUUCUUACAUGUCCGAGCGUUCAAUUCGAUGAUGCAUCCGCCAAGAGCAGUCAGAAAGAGGGCAUCGCUCUCGUUCAGAGGCAGGCCGAUCCAUGCAAGUCGCUUGCUACGUUUACCGUCUCCAUUCUUGUGUUGGCCUCCUUGUUUUUUCUGUAUGCGCCGGAGCUUCAGCUGUUGGAAUGGGAGAGCUUGUAGCGACGGUUCAAACAAAGAUAACAAGAUCAACCGGAACUGGCGCUCGUGCUCCUCAUUUUUGACGUGAAACAGUCGCAAGAUAUAUCACGUCAUCCCUCUGUAUAUUUCUGGACACCACUUAGUGAUGGGAAGUACAGAGCUAAAAGUUCCUGCUGUUGCAGUAGGAAGCUAGCAGAUGAUGAUCCGACGACACUUGUGUUCUAUCAUCAAAGCAUAUGCCUUUUCCCUUUCUUGAUC